AAACUUUUCUUGGUGGGUAGUUCCGCAGUUUGAACUUUGAAGCUUGAACAUGACAGACAUGAUACCUUUUUCAGAAGCCUAAUAUUUCUCUUUGCUGUGUCGCUGCAUUACAUACGAUAUAUAUUUAGUGCAAAAGACAUAGCUAUUAACAGUUCGCUGUCACUCUCCAGAUCAUGCCUUCAGGUGCUAGGAAGAGAAAAGCUGCCAAAAAAAAUAAGGCAAAGAAAAACAGCAUCAACCCAUCAACCAACAAGCCCAAAGGAAAUGGUGAUUUGAAGUCGCGGGAUGAGAAAGGAAGUGAUGGUGGUGAGGGUAAUUCUCCUGCAUUUCGUGAACAUGGUGACCAUCGUAAUCCAUUCAAUGAUGGGAGUGAAGAUCUGGAAGAGAGAGGGCCAUCAGCUGCUCAACCGCAUGCUCCUGAUGUCGUCGGGUCCCUGGAAGAAGUUGUUAGUGAUGUCAAGAUUGACCAGGUGUUGGGAGGAAAGGAAGAUGGUGUUGUUUUGGUAGAGAGAGGUUUGAAGUCUGAGGAGUGUUUUGAGAGCAAAAAUGCAAGUUUUGAGAAUGGGAAUGGUGGCAAUACUCCAAAGGGUCAAUCCCUCGCUGAGAAGAACUCAAAGGAUGGAAAUUGUAAUUCAGUUGAAGAGGCAGUUGCAAGUCAUAAGUUGGUUAAGUCCAUUGAUUCUUCCCCUUCCAAAAUGACUUCAAUUACUGAAAUGCCACCAGUUGAGGAGACUGUUAAUUCACCUGCUGACUCUUCUGUUAAUUUAGUUACAGCCAUGGCUUCUGUGUCUGAGGUGGAAAAGAGUGAUACUGGAAUGUUACUAGAGAAGUCAGUAGUCCAUCCAGUAGAAGUGACCAAUCUCGCAAUGAAGAUAAAUGACGAUAACGUAUAUUCCUUAACCAAUGAGAAUGUGACAAUGUCAAGUGUGGAGGAGCCUAAGCCAAAGGAAUGUGAUAGUAAAAUGUUAACUUCACCGCCUGCUAGUCCUUUCACUAAAUUUACCAAUGGUGAAGAACAUAUUAAGGAUUGUAAGACUGCAAAAUGUUCUGAAAAUCAGCCUCAUGUAGCAUUGGCUCCAAAUUUGGUGCAAAAGACCUCCUGGUUGAGUUGCUGUGGAUUGUUUGAAGUUCUGUCAAGUUCAAAUAGAUAAUUUCAGAAAUACAAGAUACAAGCGUCAAGCGUGAGUAUCUCAAAUGAUGGGUCAAACUUGUGAAGAUUUAGAAGAAUUUUGUGAUAUUUUGAUUUAGAUUAUCUCCUUUAAGCUUUUCAAAAAUAUAGCAGGCAACCAGGCCAAACUGUAUAAUACAUACAACGUUUGUUUACAUUACGUUUGUUUGAAGUUAUUGUGCUAACAACAGUUUCAGUCUUUCAAACUGAUUUGUUAAUUCUGCGACAUGGAACUUGUCAUAGUAAUGUUUAUUUCACCCUUUCUAAUAA